AACGAAGAGGAAAGGAAGAGGAAAGAGAACAGAGGACAGAAAGAGGAAAGAGAAAAGAGACGAGAGGACAGAAAGAGGGAAGAAGAAAGAGGACAGAAAGAGGAAAGAGACAGGCCGGAGGACAGAAAGAGGAAAGAGGAAAAGAAAGAAGAAAGAGGACAGAGGGAAGAACAAAGAGAGAAGAAAGAGGACAGAAAGAGGAAAGAGAACAGAAAGAAAGAGGGACAGAGGAAACUAAAGGAAAAAGGAAAAAAGAGAACAGAGGACAGAAAGAGGAAAGAGAAAAAGAGAGCACAGAGGACAAAAGAGGAGGACAGAAAGAGGAAAGAAGAAAGAGGACAGAAAGAGGAAAGAAGAAAGAGGACAGAAAGAAGAAAGAGGAAAGAAGAAAGAGGACAGAAAGAGGAAAGAAAGAGGACAGAAAGAGGAAAGAAGAAAGAGGACAGAAAGACGAAAGAGAACAGAGAGCGAGAGGACAGAAAGAGGAAAGAGGAAAAGAAAGAAGAAAGAGGGCAGAAAGAGGAAAGAAGAAAGAGGAAAGAAGAUGACAGAAAGGAAAGACAACAGAGAGCGAGAGGACAGAAAGGAAAGAAGAAAGAGGACAGAAAGAGGAAAGAGGACAGAAAGAAAGAGGAUAGAAAGAAGAAAGAGGACAGAAAGAGGGAAGAAGAAAAGAGGAAAGAGGAAGAGGAAAGAGGGAAAGAAAAGAGGACAGAAAGAGGAAAGAGAAAGAGAGCAAGAGGACAGAAAGACAAAAGAGGAAAGAAAAGAAGAAAAGAGGACAGAAAGAGGAAAGAAGAAAGAGGAAAGAAGAAAGAGGGAAAGAAGAUGACAGAAAGGAAAGACAAAGAGAGAAGAGGAGAGGAAAGGAAAGAAGAAAGAGGAACAGAAAAGGAAAGAAAAGAAAGAAAGAGGACAAAAGAAGAAAGAGGACAGAAAGGGAAGAAGAAAGAGGAAAAAGAGGACAGAAAAGAAGAAAAAAAGGAAGAAAAAGAAGAAAGAGGAAGGAAAGAGGACAGGGAGUGGAAGGAAAGAGGGAAGAAAAGAGGAAGAAAGAAAGGAGAGGACAGAAAGAAGAAAGAGGACAGAAAGAGGAAAGAAAGAAGAAAGAGGAAGAGGAAGAAAGAGGAAAGAAAGAAAGAGAAAGAGGACAGAAAGAAGAAAGAGAGGAAGAAGAAAGAGGGAAAGAAAGAGGACAGAGAGGGAAAGAAAAGGACAGAAAGAGGGAAAGAGGAAAGAAAGAAGAAAGAGGACAGGAGGAAUAAAAGGAAGAAAGAGGAAAGAAAGAGGAAAGAGGGACAGGGGGAGGACAGAAAGAAGAAAGAGGACAGAAAGAGGGAAGAAGAAAGAGGAAAGAGGACAGAGGGAAGAAUAAAGAGGGAAGAAAGAGGACAGAAAGAGGAAAGAGAACAGAGAGCAAGAGAACAGAAAGAGGAAAGAAGAAAGGAC